AUGCGCGAUUUGGAACCCGCAGAGACCCAGAAGCUCAGGAACCAGUUUGAGGAAUGGGCCUGUAGAAGUUACAUGCUCGGAUCCCCAACGUCAGAUCUCCUCCUUACCUUAAUCCAGGUCAACGUGUUUCGAGCGAUGAUGAGCAACAUCUUCACUCUCGGCAUGACAGGGGAGGUGAUGAAAGAUGAUGCGCUCUCUCCUUUCCACACCACGAAUUCCGGAUGCCUUCCGUCCUCCACCCCACCGAAUCUUCGCCCGACCAUGCUUCAGUGCCAGACACCCCAUCAUCCUUGGCUUGAUUUUUUUCCCCUGCCCGUGAUGCGGGACAAUCUCCUGCGUGCAGGCGAGUCGUUCGACGACGUGCAACUCUGCAUCGAUCUCGUCGGGUUCUGUGGCGCGCCAACUGGAAGGGCCGGCCUCAUUGUCUGGGGCGAACCGUGGGAUCCGUAUAGCUGGGAGGUCACAGAAGGCUUCGUGAAGAAUUGGGGCUGGAUCGUCAGGGACUGUCCGGAACUCUUCGAAUCGACAAACUUCUGGAGAGCGCGGCGCGGAGAGGAACGGCUGCUCUUCGAGGACAUGUCUUCUGAGCCGACCGUGUCAAAGGGCUAG